AUGCGGCGCAGUCUGAUGGUCUUCCUCUUGGUGGCCAUCAUAGUGUUAACCCUCCUCCUACACUCAGUCUCGACGCUGCUCGCCCUGCUCAUAGAAGACGCGUCUCAAGACGCCAUCCAUAGAUCAGAGCUACCCGCUCCCAAUUCCACGCUCCUCGAAACACGACCACAUUUGAUCCCCAAGAUCAUUCAUCAGACAUACAUUAACGAGUCCAUUCCCGCGCAUUGGGUCCCCGCGCAGAAAUCAUGUAUAGAUCUACACCCAGACUACGAGUACAUAUUGUGGACGGAUGAAAAAUCUCUCGACUUCAUUGCCAAGGAGUAUCCGUGGUUCUUGUCGACGUUUGUCGGGUACAAACACAACAUUCAACGCGCUGAUGCGAUCCGAUACUUUGUGCUGGCUCACUAUGGCGGUGUCUACAUCGACCUGGAUGACGGCUGCAUGAGGAGGCUCGAUCCAUUGUUGUCGUACACGGCGUUUGUACGGAGGACGGUCCCUACAGGCAUUAGCAACGAUGUCAUGGGCUCGAUACCGCAGCAUCCUUUCUUCUUGCGGGUGAUGGAGUCCCUCCAGGGUGCCAACAGAUCCUGGCUCCUGCCGUAUAUCACCAUUAUGGCCUCGACCGGGCCAUUGUUUCUGAGUGUGAUAUGGAAAAAGUGGAUGGGUGAACACGCCCACCUCGAUCCCCAGAGCUGGAUAGGCAGAGUCCGAGUGCUGAUGCCGGACGAAUACAACAAACAUUCCUGGUCGUUUUUCAAGACAUACAAGGGCUCCAGCUGGCAUGGCAAAGACGCAAGGCUGAUAUUCUGGAUGGGCAAGAACUGGGUAUUGCUUACCGUGCUGGGUUUCCUCCUCGUCAUGACCGUGGGCUUCGUGACCUGGUUCAUCUACUCGAGGCUGCUCAUUUGGAGUGCGAGGAAGAGAGGCACGAGGGGCAGUCCUCGAAUGGUUGCCUUCCGAUUCCCUGGUGCUGCACAGAUGCCGCUGUGGCGGAUGUGGUCCGGUGGGUUGGGAGCUAAGAAGCAGACGUAUGAGCUGGUUGCUCAGCAUGAUGCGUGA